AUGAAUUUUUUUUCUUCCCAGUGGCAAAAGAAGGAAACAGGAAAGUUUUAUCAGGAAAUGUUGGAGACAAGACGAACUGUUGAGGAAAAGACCCAAGAGGCGUAAGUAUCUCAUCUUGUCAAUAAUUAACAAAAAAACUACUAACACUGACGCGAAUUGCAUUUGAAAUUAGUUCAAUCUUAGAGGAGAUAAAAUAUUGUCCCGAACGGGACAAAUUAUGUCUUAUGUCCGCAUUGCACUGUGAUUGAUGUACGUUUGCCGUGCAUUAUUGGAAAGCCUGGUUCCAGCGUACAUGUUUGUCAAUCGAGGUUUCCAUCGUUUGCCUGUUAGAAAACUUUGAGUGUGGAAAAAGAAAGUAUUGUAUUGUUUUAGAAAAAGUUCUGGAAAAGCCUCGAAUUGUCCGCCAUCCAAAACUCUGUUCGAACCAUGCUCCAGUUGUGGAUACUGUUUCUGCUUCUCGAGGGUAUCCGUUCAAGAGAGCGUUCGCUGUAAUUAUUGUAGAGAUUUAGAAUAACGUUUACGGGAAACGGUAAACGUCAGAUUUAAGUUGACAAUUUCUCAAAUUUGGAAAUGAGAAGGUAAAAACUGUCCAAAAUCCUUCUUACUGAUGAACCUCAGUGGCAUAAAACUUCUAAUAUUAGAGAGCUUGAGAUCUGAGGACGAGUGCGAGAUUUAACUUAAAGUUUUUGCGCGUGUUCUCAAAGAAAGAGACACUAAGGAAAGCUUCAUUGUACUUUUUUCACCAAAAAAGUCAGUACGGUUAUUUAUACUGAGGGAAGUUAAGCCCUCUCCCGAUCGCAAAAUGAUAAAACUUCUUACAUUUGAUAACUUAUUCCGGCCACUACGACAUUCUCGCUAAAACCCGUUGUAGAAUGACGACGGUUAUCACGUUUUCCCGCCAAAAUGACACUGGUUUACGCAUGAGCAAUACUCAGUAUUGAGAAAAUCUUGUACUUGUAGUCGUCCUCGUCAAAGAAUCUAAGGGUGCGUUUCUUUACUAAAAUCCCAAUCCGGAUUUUUAAUACACCCUAAAGCUCUACAUUUAAGUAGAUAAUUAUUAUAAAAAACAAUAAACGACAAGGAAAGGGGAAACUUGGUCACGUGGUACAAAUUUCCGUUUGCCGUUUGCCGUAAACGUGACUCGUGGUUCCUUCUUUUUUAGGACGCGAAUAAAGAAGCAGCGUGAUCAGGAAAGACAGCGUGCGUUCGAUGAUCGUCACUGGAGCAAAAAAUCCUUGGAGGAAAUGGUGGAAAGAGAUUGGCGGAUCUUGCGAGAAGAUUUUGCCAUCUCUACAAAAGGCAAGAGAUUCUUGGACAGGCUGUUGAAAUCUUGUCGUUUUUGGUCCUGGCCUUGGUUUAUCCGUUUUUUUUUUUUCUUUUUGUCUGUGGAUUACUCUGUGCACUGUUAAAUGCUAACAUUGUUGCAGUCUUAAUUGUCAUUUCCGUCGCAACUGAAGAAAAACAACAACUGAAGUCUUAUUACCCAAGGAAUGAGCUGAUUACCACUAACUACUCUUAGCUACAAGGGAUUUUUUUUUUCAAAAAAUAAGAAGCAAUUUAAGAACCUAAAUAGCCUAAUUUUGUGCUAAGUACCAUUUAUGUAACUUGAACCUGUUAAGGCUAAUCAGGGAAAAAAUAUUUUCUUACUCACCGGUUUUUAAUGUAUUUUCUCACUCCUCAUUGCAGGUGGCAAGAUUCCAUUUCCUCUGCGCUCGUGGAGAGAAAGCACCCUUCCAACAUCAAUAUUGGAUAUUGUAGACAAACUGCAAUAUGAGGUAAGCCGGUCAUUUUGAUACAAAGUCGUUUCGAUACUAGUCGUUCGAUACGAACUCAAGAAGUGAAAUUGCACAAAAAUUUCGAUCACUUCCAGCAAAGUUUGCAAUUGAACAAGAAAUACAUUUUGGUUGAAUAUUCUUCGUUCUUUAAGCCAAGUACGUGAAACUAUUUACACCUUGAAGGAAUUAACAAAAACUUGUAUCGAAACGACCGGUAACCCUUUUGCUUAGUCACUUAUCCCCGCCCAAAUGUCACAACCUGAAUGGCGCUGGUUUAAUUUUCACAUUUCCAGUGAAACUGUUUCUUUACACCGCUAUUCAUAGUUUGUAAGGUUUGGAAGACGGAGGCAAUGUUAGUAUUCCUUGCACACUUGGUAUGAGGGUUAGACUGUCAGAGUAUACAUUGAAAAAAAAUCUCGAAGCAUCAUCGGCUAUGCUUUUCUUAAUCUAGUCAUUUAUUUAACCACAGCAGGGUUACCUCAGUUGGUAGAUCAGCAAUGGUCGCAGAUUAGAAGGUUGCAAAAGAACUGAGACAGAAGGUUCUGCGCCUGGCAAACGGCUAGACCUUCGCGCGGUUUGGAUGACCACUUUGAAUACAACUGACUUUUACAUAAAGUCGAUUUUUUUAUCUGUUUAUUUACUGGGAGGUUUCAUCUACUUUAAAUGAAAAAAGUGAUGUUAUCUGUAGCGCAGAGUUUACGCUCAGAAUUUUAUGAUUUUUCCAUGUGAAAAAGCUCUUUCAACUCGUACAAAUGUUUUAUUCGUCCAAACCGAAAGUAAAACUUUAGAACAACUGGUAGAUUAUCUAUCCUGUGUGUUCAUAGGAACCAACACCAAUUCAGCGCCAAGCCAUUCCUAUUGGACUUCAGAACAGGGACAUCAUAGGAGUAGCUGAAACAGGUGAAGUGAAAACCCAGUAGGGUUGACUAUUGGGAAAAUUUUAGCUAUAGAAAUUGUAUUGCAAUAGGUCACACGGAUAUUGAGAAUAGGCAGAUAACAUUUUUUUUUUUCAAUAAAAAGGUAGUGGUAAAACAGCAGCAUUUCUGAUUCCUUUAUUGGUGUGGAUUAUGGGGCUGCCAAAGAUUGAACGUGACGCAGAUGCUGAUAAGGGACCUUACGCUGUAAUCUUAGCUCCGACCAGGGAACUGGCGCAACCAGUUAGGUCAAUUCGCCCUCAGGCGAGUUGGCAUAAGGGCCUCAUGUCAACUCACCAGGGAACUGGCACAACAGGUUAGUUGGUCAAUUCGCCCUCAGGCGAGUAGGCAUAAGGGCCUCAUGUCAAUUCACCAGGGAACUGGCACAACAGGUUAGUCGGUCAAUCCGCCCUCAGGCGAGUAGGGAUGAGGGCCUCUUGUCAACUCGCGCCAACCGUUUCGCCAAACAGAUGAGGCUCGCGUGUCGGAAUUCACGCUUCCGUUGCGUUGUGCCCUAAGAGCAGCGGUUAUUUGUUUACGAAAAACGCCUAGUUUUUGUUGUGUACCCUAAUUCAUGGGAUUAGUACAUACGUACAGACAUACUUUCUUGUUUCCUUCCCAAAGGGGCUUUUCAAGAACAACAUUAUUUACAAUCAUUACAUUCAAUUACAACACCUACAUUAUUAAUGAUUACAGUGCUUAACUUGUUACUAAUUAUAAUACUUAACUUAACUAAGAAGCAUUUACAAAAUUAUCUAAAAGCUGGUUCCUUAAGACGGUAGUACGCCUUCUUGUCAGCAGGAGGGGCUAAAUGACCGUAAACUAUCAGUUCGACUAACUCACCAGGAUUCGUGCCGUAGGUUGAAAGUAAGUACUUUUAUUUUUACAAAGGUAUACCGCGUUAAACCCGAGCCACGGUGUGUUUGUUUUUCUAAUCUUGGCAGAUCGAAGAUGAAGCUGCCAAGUUUGGUCGUCCUCUUGGUUUCAGGACAGUGUCUGUAAUUGGUGGGGUAAGAAAUUUACGCAUAAGUCUGACAAUGUCGUUAUCGAUGGUGUCGUAGAUACCCUGGGUGCAGUGUUCGAACAAUGUUGUAAUAUUUCGAAACAAUGUUACAACGCUGUGUUGUGAUAAAAAUCGUCCUUGCGAAUCGUCCCGUGUAACAUCAUCUUAAAUCAUUUUCGCGCAUCGAAUCCGCCUUAACGCCCGGUCUCGAGAAAAAUGGAACAGGAUUAAGGUUUUCAACCUUGCGUUUAUAGAGUUUUUUCACUCACGUGGCCAGCAUCUAUGCAAAUUUAUUGGAACAAAAGAGAGCGUUUGCAUAAGAAAAAGAGUUCAACUCCCACAGGACUGGUUUGGAACACCAACAUGGCCGCCGUUUCAUUGUUUUGGAACACCAAUAUGGCCGCCGUGACGUCAUGUGAAAACAAUCCAUUCCUUCUCCAACUUCCCUCCGAGCUUAGAAUUGCUUUCCUAUAAUUCGUAGAGGCGGUUGUUGCUCGGUUUCCGAAAUAACGAUAAAGUGAUUCCCUGAGAAAUGCGUGAAACGGAAUUUUAUGGCUGUUGAGCCCGGAGGUAGUCGCUUAUCAGAAAGUCUAAAUACAGCGUUUGAGUCAAAUGGGAUUUUGGAAUCGAAAAGAGAGAUAAGCAGUCAGCCAUAAAAUAAAUAAAUAAAAAGUCAAAUAACACCUACCUUUAUUCAUUAUCUCCAGCUUUCUCGCGAGGACCAAGGAUUUCAGCUAAGGCUUGGCUGCGAGGUAAGCUAAUCUGUUCCCCUUUCGUUCGCUACAACUAGCCUUCGUGGCCAGAGCGAGACAAUGAGAGUGAAGAAAAAUUCAUUCACCACUUGAGAAAUGAGAAGGGGACUGGAGUCGAAAUGCGUCCCGCAAGUGUUUAUGGGAUCGUUACUAGGGAAGCGCCGGUCAGCAAUGUUUUUUUCAUGUCCCUAGUAAGAGUCCCAGAAGUCUUUGCAAAAGUUAACUCGGCCCAGAUUCCCUCUCCUUUUAAGGUGGGGAGUUGUAGAGAAGUGUUUGUUGCCUUUCAUAUUAGAGGCCAAAAGUGAACUGACAGCUUUCAUUAACUCCUUAACCAAACCAAAACCAAAAUGAUGCGGGAAACCAACCGAUCACAUAAAUGAAACCAAAACCAAAAUGCUGUCAGUUCACUUUUGGCGUCUAACAUGUAUCGCUGAAUACUUACGCCGUUAUUUUUUUUUCCAGAUUGUCAUUGCUACACCUGGUCGUCUGAUUGAUGUACUCGGUAAAUCUUUUCUUUAUAUUUCUCAUUUCUGCUUCUGCAGUGUUGGCAUCCUACUGUAUCACGAGAUGAUUCGAAACUACAAUCAUUGGUUUUCUAGCGUUUUUUUUUUUCGAAAUAACAUUGUAAUGUAAAAAAAUACGCCAUCCUCUUCUUUUUAUCUAUGAGUCUACUUUUAUCCGAACCGUCCUUAGCCAAGUAUAGUUGUCUUGUGGCAGUGUAGUAAGUUUUUAUUUGGGUUAAACAGGGUAGGACGUUUUCCUUCAUCAACGGCCUCUGUUCCUGGAAUCAAUGAAGAUUUCAAUCCAGGACCCCCGUCCUAACUCCAUUAGUUCUUUCUCUACUGUUCCUCUCCUUGUAUUUCAGGGUUUCUCUGUUUUUCGUGCCUUCAGUUCUGGUGCCCAUUUGAUGGCGGUGCCGGAAUUGGAAAUGGUAUAGAGUUAAACUAAGGUAUUCAAAAUCAAGGCGAAAAAGAAUCUGACUGUAUCUUCUCUUAGACAUGGCAAACUUGCAAUUUCGUUGUUCAUAAGAUUUGAAGUAAUUGGUGGAAGCUUUUUGUUCUUCUUUCUUCUACAGAAAAUCGAUACCUUGUACUCAGUCGCUGUUCAUAUAUUGUUCUUGAUGAGGUUAGUAGUUUCAAUUUGUUUUAUAUUUUUUUGCGUUAUUUUGAAUCAGAUGAAGAAUAAGCUUUUUUACAAAGGAAAACGCGAUAGAAAGCCCUACUCUAUACUCAAUCAUUUGUCUUUAGACAAUCUGAGCCAUGUCUGUGGUACUAUUGUAGGCUGAUCGUAUGAUUGACAUGGGCUUUGAACCAGAUGUUCAGAAGAUCUUGGAGCAUCUUCCAGUGAGCAACGUCAAACCUGAUUCAGAAGAUGCCGAGGAUCCAGAAAAGCUGUUAGCUUAUAUGGGAAAGGACAAGUUUAGACAGGUUCGUAUAAAUAAGUUAGUUAAUUAAACCGCGGGCUCAAUGUUUCAGUGUUUAUUGGCCGGGGAGCUUGUUAGUAGUAGGCGGGGUUUAAAGAAUUUUCACAGUUCGCAUGAAUUUGCCUUUAAUAUAAUAUCUGUUUUUAGCCUUCACAUUUCGUUUUCUUCCAAAGCGAAAAUAGGAGACGUCUCGUCGAUAUGAUGUUGAGACUCUAGUCAGUGGACACUACUAGAAUGUAGUGUAACCACCAGUUGAACUUUUGAACAAUAUUACUGGAGACCUUUGAACUGAGAUUCGUAUCACUGGCUUUUCUGUUCCACCUUGUUUAGACUGUAAUGUUCACGGCAACAAUGCCUCCACAAGUAGAACGCUUGGCCAGAAACUAUCUAAGGUCAGUUAUUGGUUUGUACUGAAACUGUGUUUUCUAAAUAGAAUAGACGAUCUAUCCGCACACAAAGCCGCCCACAUUAACUAGAACUAACUAAAUAAUAAAUAAUCCCGGUAUAUACCCCCGGUAGAUUUCGAGCAGUCUCUCUUUUUUCUUGGUCCGUCGAACAUAACGCGCGUGACUGAAGGCGCGAGACGGGAGAGGCCCGAAAAAAGAUAGACUCUCUUUUAUCUUCUCGGGCUGCCGCCAUCGUUUCUUCUGUCUCGCUCGACGCUCGCGCGCGUGCAUUUCCCUCCCUAAAUCUGAAGAAAAAGAGAGACUGCUCGCAUUCUAACCCCCCAGCAGUAUUUACCGCACCAAGGCUAGUGAGACCGAGCUAACAACUGAAAGAAAUAGAUCAAAUAGACCAUUCCCGUGCUCGAAAAACCCUCACUUUAAAGAAGCGAGGCCGUGUGUAUGACCCCAUUUGUGAAAAUGAAUUUCAUUUGCUUGAGAUUUAAAAAAUCGUUUUCAUAUCAGAGACUUCGCACACUUAGCUUCGUUUUAAAACAGAGGUUUUGGACAACUUGGAAUUUGCCCAUACACGUAGCAAGACUAAGAAUACCUUCUGGAUAGAUUGAGGAUUUAAUCAAAUCCAGCAAGCGGUUAGGGCAGGUAUUGAACCCAGGGUCUUUGGAUAGCAAGUCCAACGUCUUAACCGCUCUGCCGCGCUGCUUCGUACCCUUGAAGUCCUAAUAUCAGCACCCACAUUCCAAUUCCCAUCAUAUUUAUCAUCACCUAUACGUUUAAGCAGUGAUACGUUAGGGAGCAAUUAGAUGCUGAUCUACAUCAUAAAACGAGGAGCAUUGACGAAUAAUUCUUUGUUAAAAGGCAAUCUUAAGUGACUGGGAACCUAACAUUGUGAUGGCUUAUUUUUCUUUCAGGCGCCCAGCUGUGGUUUACAUCGGUUCUAUAGGUAACUAUUGUUAAGAUCAAGUCUGUUUUAACCCUCCUUCAACGGGAUAGACAGUGUAACGGGGAUCUUUCUGUUUCUUUUUUUUUUCUGUUUGCUGGAUUAUGACGGUCACACAUCGGUCAUUGACGCUGCAUGUCCAACCAGUUUUACACCAUACUGAAUUGUGCCAGGCUCAUUUCCUGAAAAAUAGCUUACCACGUUAUGAUCUAAACUGCAGUUGUCAGGUUCAACUAGCGAGCCCGGUUCCUCAAAAGAUAUCAGUUCAGUUUAACCCGGGUGAAACCGAAUUUUAAGAAAAGUUUGCUUGUCCAGAAAAACAAUAGCCUGCGAAAACAUCCGUUUCUCCCCGCUCUUCGCCGCUGGGGACACGUCAUCAGUAUGGAAUUUCUGUCGCUGAGUCGCAGACGUUCCUCCGCGCGAAACGUCCCCAGCGGCGAAGAGCGAGGAGAAACGGAUGUUUUCUUAGGCUAGAAAAACAAACAUAAUUGGAGGUUUUGAAAUCUUGUCCAGGGAAUUCAAGCAGGUAGCUUUGUAAGGUCAUUCUUUUAUUUGUGUUUCUGUAUUAAAGUAAAUCAAUGUUCUCUCAUCACUUCACAGGCAGACCAGUCGAGAGAGUGGAACAGAAAGUUUAUUUGGUUAAAGAACAAGCAAAGAGGUACGCCUGCGUGUAUCAUCCUUUAUAUGUUUAUUAAACUGUAGCAAUGUAUGUAGAUUAAUUACGGUGUACUGUAGUUUUUUUAUCGUAAAACUCUGCUCUUCUUUUAUGUUAGUCUAUCCUGGCACUUCACAUCUUAUCUUCAAGCUACCAAUAACGUUUUGCUGUGUAUCUUUUUGUCCAAUUCAGAUGAAUAUUAACUCAGACUGGCAUUUUGGUGCUAUAGGUAGAAAAGCGACUUUUGAUUAGUAUUGUGGGGAAACUGUCAUGUAAUUGUUGUUGUUAUAUAGCUGGAAAUUUCUUCCAACAGCGGGCGCUCUCAUUGGUUACUUCGAGGUCACAUUACAUCUAACAAAGAAACUGUUUCCUGCCAAAAUCUCUUAGCAGGCAACAUUGCAAAAUCUAUGACGUCAGAGGGUAACAGUUAAGCAAUAGAAAACGUUCUCCUUGUUUGCAUAGCCUGAUAUAAACACUCGAGGGGUUGGGAGAAUUCGAGACAGUUAUGCAAACCCUCGACUUCGUCUCGGGUUUGCAUAACUGUCUCGAAUUCUCCUAACCCCUCGAGUGUUUAUAUCAGGCUAUUCAAACACAGAAAAAAAGUUUUCUAUUGCUUUUGUAAAAUAACUUCCCCGAGAAAAAACGCAAAACUCUUUGUUAUGGCACUGAUUAAAAGAGAAAUUCUUACCAGUCACAAAGUCUUGUACACGAAGUCUUGCAUGCGUAAUCAGUUCUUGUUUUGCAAAAAGAUGCUAUUCAAAAUACGGAUUUUUCUCGCUUACACUGUCAGCUUAAGCGAAAAAAAAUUGACACACCUUCUUCGUAUCGAUUUUCCAAGUUUCAGCCGAAAAGGAGGAAUGGGUAAAUAAAGUAAACUUGUCGAGUUUUGAACUCGAAAACUUUUUCAAAUUCGUGCUUGCGUGAUUAGCGCGGGAAAAUAAAAAAAUUUUGACCCCACAACCAUGUUUACAUACUCUCAUGCAAACACUCCUCUCGGCCAAUCAGAGCACGCGUACUAUCUUAGUUAUUUUAUAAUGCACUGUUACCUGCGAACGUUGACCGUUACAGCGAGGUUUAACGAAUUUCCAGCUAUAUAACUAUAUAACAAAUCACUUCGGGAAAUUAAUAUUAGAUGUUUCGCUCGGGACCAGUCAUUUUAAAAGUGUUUAUUGUUGUUUCCUUGACAGGAAGAAGUUGUUAGAGAUAUUGAACGCUGGCAUUGAUCCUCCGAUCAUGAUAUUUGUCAAUCAAAAGAAGGUGAGAGUUGCGUGUCACCGCAGCUUACCUUUAUUCAUUAUCUCCAGCUUUCUCGCGAGGACCAAGGAUUUCAGCUAAGGCUUGGCUGCGAGGUAAGCUAAUCUGUUCCCCUUUCGUUUGCUACAACUAGCCUUCGUGGCCAGAGCGAGACAAUGAGAGUGAAGAAAAAUUCAUUCACCACUUGAGAAAUGAGAAGGGGACUGGAGCCGAAAUGCAUCUCGCAAGUGUUUAUGGGAUCGUUACUAGGGAAGUGCUGGUCAGCUAUUUGCCAAUGUUUUUUCAUGUCCCUAGUAAGAGUCCCAGAAGUCUUUGCAAAAGUUAACUCGGCCCAGAUUCCCUCUCCUUUUAAGGUGGGGAGUUGUAGAGAAGUGUUUGUUGCCUUUCAUAUUAACAUGUAUCGCUGAGUACUUACGCCGUUAUUUUUUUUUUCCAGAUUGUCAUUGCUACACCUGGUCGUCUGAUUGAUGUACUCGGUAAAUGUUUUCUUUAUAUUUCUCAUUUUUGCUUCUGCAGUGUUGGCAUCCCACAGUAUCACGAGAUGAUUCGAAAACUACAAUCAUUGGUUUUCUAGCGUUUUUUUUUUUCUCGAAAUAACAUUGUAAUGUAAAAAAAUACGCCAUCCUCUUCUUUUUUUGCAAUUUCGUUGUUCAUAAGAUUUGAAGUAAUUGGUUGAAGCUUUUUGUUCUUCUUUCUUCUACAGAAAAUCGAUACCUUGUACUCAGUCGCUGUUCAUAUAUUGUUCUAGAUGAGGUUAGUAGUUUUAAUUUGUUUUUAAUUUUUUUUGCGAAAUUUUGAAUCAGAUAAAGAAUAAGCUAUUUUACUAAGGAAAAUGCGAUGGAAAGCCCUACUCUAUACUCAAUCUUUCGUCUUCAGAGAAUCUGAGCCAUGUCUGUGGUACUAUUGUAGGCUGAUCGUAUGAUUGACAUGGGCUUUGAACCUGAUGUUCAGAAGAUCUUGGAGCAUCUUCCAGUGAGCAACGUCAAACCUGAUUCAGAAGAUGCCGAGGAUCCAGAAAAGCUGUUAGCUUAUAUGGGAAAGGACAAGUUUAGACAGGUUCGUAUAAAUAAAUAAAUUUAUUUAUUGAUUUCUUAAUUAAACCGCGGGCUCAGUGUUUCUGUGUUUUUAGACUGGGGCGCUUGUUAGAAUUAGGCGGGGCUUAAAGAAUUUUCACGGUUCACAUGAAGUUGCCUUUAAUAUAAUAGUGAACUUACCCAACAGGACGGGAAAGGAAAGGAGACGGCAAACCUUGUGUGACAAGCGUGACAAUAAUUUUGUUUGAAAAAACAGACCAGAAAACAUUAAUGAUAAGUGAAGACCACGACAACACUCCCAAGUAAUAGCCCUGUUACGUUUGUCACACAACUGUUUUGCCGUCCUCUUCUUCCUGCAGUCCUGUUGCGUAAACUCACUAAUAUCUGUUUUUAGCCUUCGUAUUUCGUUUGCCUCAACAACAAAAAUAGCAGACGUCUCGUCGAAGAGAUGAAGUUGAGACUCUAGUCAGUUGACACUACUACAGUGCAGUGUAACCAUCAGUUGAACUUUUGAACAAUAUUACUAAAGACCUGUGGACUGAGAUUCUUAUCAUGGGCUGUUCUGUUUCACCUUGUUUAGACUGUAAUGUUUACGGCAACAAAGCCUCCACAAGUAGAACGCUUGGCCAGAAACUAUCUAAGGUCAGUUAUCGGUUUGACUAUUUACUGAAACUGUGUUUUCUAAAUAGAUGUGCUUUAUUGACGAUCUAUCACGCGCGUGACUGAAGGCGCGAGACGGGAGAGGCACGAAAAAAGAGAGACUAUCUUUUAUCUUCUCGGGCUGCCGCCCUCGUUUCUUGCGUUUCGCUCGACGCUCGCGCGCGUGCAUUUCCCUCCCUAAAUCUAAAGAAAAAGAGAGACCGGUCGCAUUCUAACCCCCCAGCAGUGUUUACUGCGCAAGGCUGGUGAGACCGAGCAAACGACUGAAAGAAGUAGAUCAAAUAGACCAUUCCCUUGCUCGAAAAACCCUCACUUUAAAAAAGCGAGGCCGUGUGCAUGACCCCAUUUGUGAAAAUGAAUUUCAUUUGCUUGAGAAUUAAAAAAUCGUUUUCAUAUCAAAGACUUUGCACACUUAGCUUCGUUUUAAAACAGGGGCUUGGGACAACUUGGAAUUUGCCCAUACACGUAACAAGACUAACACUACCAACUGCAUAGAGGCAAACCAGUUGGAUAUUUACAACUUUGAUUGAGGAUUUGAACAAAUCCAGCUAGCGGUUAGGGCGGGUAUUGAACCCAGGGUCUUCGGAUUGCAAGUCCAACGCACUAACCGCUCGGCCACGCUUCUUCGUACCCUUUAAGCCCCAAUAUCAGCACUCAUAUUCCAAUUCUCAUCAUAUUUAUCAUCAUCUGUACGUUUAGGCAGUGAUACGUUCGCUGAUAUACAUUAUAAAACGAGAAGUAUUGACGUGGAAUUCUCUCUUAAGAAGCAGCCUUAAAUGAUUGGGAACCUAACGUUGUGAUGGUUUAUUUUUCUUUCAGGCGCCCAGCUGUGGUUUACAUCGGUUCUAUAGGUAACUAUUGUUAAGAUCAAGUCUGUGUUUACUCUCCUUCAACGGGAUAUGCAGUGUAUAAGAACGGAGAUCUUUCUGUUUCAUUUUUCUUUCCCUUUGCUGGAUUAUGACGGUCACACAUCGGUCAUUGACGCUGCAUGUCCAGCCAGUUUUACACCAUACUGAAUUAUGCCAGGGAUGAUUUCCUGUAAAGUAGCUUACCACGUUAUGAUCUAAACUGCAGUUGUCAGGUUCAACUUGCGAGCCCGGUUCCUCAAAAGAUAUCAGCUAAGUGUAAACCAGGGUAAAACCUAAUUUUAAGCAAAGUUUUCUUGUCUAGAAAAACAUAAUUGGAGGUUUUGAAAUAUUGUCCAGGUUAUUAAAGCGGGCAGCUCUUCUAUUUGUGUUUCUGUAUUAAAGUAAUUCAACUUUCUCUCAUCACUUCACAGGCAGACCAGUCGAGAGAGUGGAACAGAAAGUUUAUUUGGUUAAAGAACAAGCAAAGAGGUACGCCUGCGUGUAUCAUCCUUUACAUGUUUAUUAAACUGUAGCAAUGUAUUUAAAUUUAUUAGCGCGAGAUUAUUUGCGGUGUACUGUAGUUUUUUUUAUCGUAAAACUCUGCUCUUCCUUCAUGUUAGUCUAUCCUGGCACUUCACAUCUUAUCUCCAAGCUACCAAUAACGUUUUGCUGUGUAUCUUUUUGUCCAAUUCAGAUGAAUAUUAACUCAAACUGGCAUUUUGGUACUACUGGUAGAAAAGCGAUUUUUGAUUAGUAUUGUGGGCAAACUGUCAUAUAAUUCUUGUUAGUAUAUACACACUCUGUGAUCUUGGUGAUUUAAGCAAUCUGAUUGGUUCGCCAUCUGGGACUAUUCAACAAUAUUCACCUCCUAGCGAGUGGAUAAUGUGUGAGCUCGGUGUUUUUCCCAUUUUUUUAGAGAACGAUCUUUUAAAAGUCGACAAAAUCCUAGGCCUGACUUUUUUUAAGGCAAGAAAAGACUUGGAUGGAUUCAAUACGGGGUUUUUCAAUUUACUGUAGCUGAGUUUUGUGCUCGAUGGAUUGUUUACAGCUCCCGUGUAUUCGCGUAGAAGAAGCCGUUUCGUGAACUCAGCGUUUUCUAAGAAGAAAAUUUUGGCUCAAAAAUCGAAGUUUAUUUAUGACAAACAAAUUUAAAAGAGAAUGUUUGCAGAAAUUCUACGUUUCAAGUAAACAGGAAAAAGAAUGAUACAGGAAGACGACGUCUUACCUCAAGCAACCGAGCCGCCAUUUUUGUCAGCACUUCAUGCGAAGAACGACACAAAAAACCCUUUUGGCUAUAAACUUGGCGAGUCAACAGAAAACAACACAGCUCUACUUUUCUUCUCAGGUAAGGAAACAGUUCAAACUUUUAGCGGUUCCAUUUAAGCCAUUACGCUGUUGUUUGCGAAAUGAUAAACUUGUGAAUUGCCAUGUUUGAAAAUUCUGCAAAGAUCUAUUUUUAAACUUACGCGUGAUUUGAUCUGUCAAUCAAAUCGUACUUUUGAAUGGUUUCCUCUCUGAUUUUGUUGAGAUCACUUUGUGUGUAUAUACUAAAACAAUUAUUCUUUUCAAUCUCGGUGAAUAGUGGCUUUGGGAAUAUUUACCUCGCCGCUUUCGCGGCUCGGUAAAUAUUUUGCCACUAUUCACCUCGAUUUCAAAGAAUAAUUGUUAAUUAUACAGCUGGAAAUUUCUUCCUAAUUGCGCACGCUCUCAUUGGUUACUUUGAGGUCACAUGACAUCUAAUAGUGAAACGGUUUCCCGCCAAAAUCUCUAAGCGGGCAACAUUGCAAAAUCUACGCUGUCAGAGGGUAACCGUGCAGUGUUACCUGCGAACGUUGACCGUGACAGCGAGAUUUAAUGAAUUUCCAGCUAUAUUACAAAUCACUGGUUCCUCGGGAAACAGUUAAAUUUGUUUCCCUCGAAUCUCAAUGUCUCCGUCGGCUUAUUAGGAAAUAACAUUAACUGUUUCGCUCGGGACCAGUCAUUUUAAAACUGUUUAUUGUUAUUUGCUUGACAGGAAGAAGCUGUUAGAGAUAUUGAACGCUGGCAUUGAUCCUCCGAUCAUGAUAUUUGUCAAUCAAAAGAAGGUGAGAGUUGCGUGUCACCGCAGCGGAUAGUUGAGAUGACGUUCAAAAAAAGAAACCCACAGAAAGUGAACGAGGAUGGGUGAGAGCGAGGACGGAGCCCUCAUUCACUGACUCCCUCCUUGUCUUCGUUUAGCCCGCGUGGAAGGCGUUUGAAGGGGAUAGGGUAAACGAAAUGGGCACGCGAGGAAGGAGAGAAGCCCUCGCGCGCCUUUCAUGUACUCACGUACCUUACUUCCCCUUUUCACGUCUUCAAUGCUGGCUAGUCUUUUUUCACCCCUUUGGUUUCGUCCGCUGUUUCUAUCUGAGAUCUUGCGACAGGCUGUCAGGGACCUUUAGGCUAUGAUCCCACUAUACCAGACAGAGUUUGCGCCGGCACAAAAACCAUACCAGACACUAGGGCUUCUGUUCACACAUAAGAACGAUGGUUUCGGAGCGGUUUCUGUAACGGAGCGAAGCUGCGCCAUGCCGAUCUCUUAAGUGGAGAGUCACAUAUCGGAUAAGUUUUCGUACUGUACCGGAUACCUUCUCGCUUCGGCACGAAAAGCUGUCCGUUAUAGUAUGAAUACAGCCUGAGAUUGGAUUACGAGUAGGAGAUUGAGUAGGAGCUUUCAAACCAAGUUCAUGAGCUCCAGAUAAACACUUUUCACAACAAUCUCUUACGUCUCUCUAAAUUUUGUUAGCAGCAGGAAAGAGUGAGAGCCCUGAGAACAUAAAUGGCUUGGAGUGAAUUCCAAUGUCAUACUCCUAGUCGAUGAUCUCGCACUCCAAAUCAAAUCUUAAGGUUACUUAACAAUUAUUCCUCUCGCCCUCAUGGCCUCUGAGUCAAUAGCCCAUGAGGCCGAAGGCCGAAUGGGCUAUUGACUCAGAGGCCAUGAGGGCGAGAGGAAUAAUUGUUUUAGUAAAAUCCAACUAAUUUGUCAAAAAUAUCGAAAAUAAGAAAAUUUUAGCUAGUUAAAGCUAGACCUUAAUCCUUUUUUGCGGCCAAAAAGCGCGCGCUUUUCGCUACUAGUUGGCUAUAACAUAUAGCCUAUUAGUAGCUCAACCAAUCAGAACGCAGCAUUGAUAAUAGACCACUAAAUGGAUUUUACUAAUAAUUGUUACUUAUUAGACAACAUAUCUGCAAUAAGGUUUUGCUGAUUAACUCAUUUUAUGUCUUUCUUAGGGAGCAGACGUGCUCGCCAAGUCCCUGGAAAAAAUGGGCGUAAGUUAUCGUUUGUGUCUUUGGGCGUCGGUGAUUUUAUAUCUUUUCUCUUCGAUGAUGACUAUGGUUUGUUGUUGUUUUACCAGUGGCUGCUUGAACGCCAUUGCGAAUUACUUAAUUGUUUUUAUAUAAGAGAUUUUUGGGCCUGGUAAACCAAGCAAAUCCUGUUUUCGUCGUCAGUUUUGACGGACAACGUAUAAGGCGGAUCGUGAACACUCGGGGCAAACGUUUAUCACUGUCAUUCUUAAAAGUGCCUGGUUUGCCCACUAUUUGAUUUGAUCUUCGAUCUUUUUUAUCCUUUUGUUUCUGCAGUUGCAUACCUUCCUUUUUUUAAUUUUCGUUCCCGAGAACGGGUACUGACAUAACUUCCUGAGUUUUUUUAUAGUUCCGUGCUACAACACUCCACGGUGGACGAAACCAAGAACAGAGGUGAGGUUUAGAUGUAACCUCUUGUUAUUUCGUCGUCAUGGUUGUUAAAUGUCUGUUUUGUAAAUCUAGCGAGACACAGAGAGUAUAGGAAACUAAGAAAACAAGGAUAUUGGACGGAUGGAAGAAUGUUUCAGUGAAAUUCCCGAAUGUUUUCUACACCAGUGUUGUAGUUUUUUUUAAAAUGCAGAUAAGAUAUGAUCGUCGCACUGGUAGUUGUAAUUUAAGCAAUUGCAAAUAAACCCGAAAAAAAAUUUCGGGACUUCAGCGAACCCAACAUUUGAGCUAUGAAGAUCCAUACAUUAGGAGCAGGCCAAUUUGUUGAGUACAUCUUAACCCGUAAAAGGAAUGAAACAUGAAGGUGAUGUGAGGUGCGGAAGUACAAAUGUUUAAUGGAGAUAUGAUCGUCGAAGUGGUAGUUGCAAUUUGGGCAAUAGCAAAUAAACCCGGAGAAAAAACCGUUUUUAGGUUAAACAGCUCUGUAAACAAUAAUCUUCGAUCGGGCCCUCGUUUUUUGCAAGCACGACAAGCCCCCUGUCGUUUGCUUGAUAAAACCUUAAAACCAUUUUUGCCAUGCAUCUCUUCUCUCAGUUUCAUUAGUUCGUCAACUGAGUCGAACAUACGCGGUUACAUAACAUGUACAUGUACAUCUUAUUUCUGAACCUGUCAUAAAGAUUCUUUUUGUUGUUUUUCUUUCAGAGAGUUUGCUUUGUCAAGUCUUAAAGCUGGUGCUAAGGAUAUCCUUGUGGCCACUGAUGUAGCCGGUCGUGGUAUUGAUAUCAAGUAAGUUUUAUGAUAAGCAGUUUGAUUUCUUUGUUUUCUUGUUUUUGUUGGUUCCUGUCCUGAAGAUGAUUUUCUUACACAUUUCCAAACUCAACCUGGAUACCGGUUAAUCGGAGAGAACCCUGGGAACGGGGUUGAUGGUCAAACUUAUGAAGUUUUUUUUUUCUUCACUAAAUGUGUGUUUUAUAGCGCAAGUAAAAUCUCUCAAAGUUGAUUUCUUUAUUUCAUUUUUUUUCCAGGGAUGUUUCACUUGUUCUUAACUAUGACAUGGCCAAGUCAAUCGAAGGUAAGUGAUGAGUUUAACAUUGAAACCUUAAGCUUAAAGUAAAAGUAAUUCAUCGAGACGAACGGUGUUGAUAAUCGUAUCUUACGAUAUACAAACUUUAUUAAGUACGGAGUUAACCAGUAUGUAAUGCGUUUAAUUUUGUCUCAUUUCUUCAUCCAUGGAUUGUUCACUUUUGGUUUUAUGUAUUAUAUUAUUGUAAUUCUUUGACAAUUUUGAACGAUUAUUUUGAUGUUUCAGUCAAAUUAUGUCUAUUCCGUGAGUGCUGGAAUAGACGUUAGUCACGAUACGCGCCAUCUCACGAGCGAAAGGAUUUAUGGGAUAAAGGAAAUAUCGUGUGGUUUCUAAGGAGGCAAAAAAAAUAAAAGCUGUCAAUAAAAGAAAUCGCAGCCGAGUUUGUUUAUUCCCUCAGAUGAGAAACCACGUGACAUCCCAUUCCAUCAACCUUGCGCGCUUCCAAAGGUGGCGGGUAUUAUGAAGAAGGUCUAUUGCCUAAAUUUACGGAAGCCACCACAUAGCCAGUGCCCUAUGGCUGCUAACAUGUCAUUGUUUUCAUUUUUUAUCAGGCUACACUCAUCGUAUUGGUAGAACCGGUCGAGCAGGAAAAACCGGUGUUGCCAUCACGUUUUUGACCCAGGAGGACUCAGCAGUGUUUUAUGACCUCAAGCAGACAUUAUUAGCGAGUCCCGUAAGUACAAUGCUUUCAAUUUUACAGAGCGUCAAAAAACCCAUUUUUCCACUCACUGAAAGUUGAUUCGACUAUAACUAACUGAUUUAUGUUCUUGCAAAUCUUGUAUAUUGUUUAUGAAUUUUAUUGUUCAUAUCUGAGUCUGAAUUGGGUUAAAAUGUUUAUUCUUGUUUGCCCAAAAUUUAACAUUUAAUGUAAAAUAUUUGGUUAAAAGGGUUAUAGUGUCUUAGGCGAAAAUUGAGUGUUACAGGGCCAAUGUAGUGCUCUAAAUCUUUAACCAGGCGCUAGUUAAGUAUCAGACUAAUUUUCGUAUUUACUAUUAUUUUAUGUAUAAGCGAAUGGAUUCUUAGUCGUGCUAUGGCGAAUAACAAGCAAAAAACACUAACAUGAACAGUUGUCAGCGGUUAUGACAUGGGGGAGGGGUACAUUGUCUUUAGUAAAUGGCUUAUUACUGUGUCGUUUAUAGGUGAGCCACUGUCCUCCGGAGCUUGAUAAACAUCCUGAUGCACAGCACAAACCUGGCACAGUGCUUACAAAGAAGAGAAAGGAAGAAACCAUUUUUGUAUAA